CGGGGACGGGAAACGGCUAAAUCUAAAAUUUAUGGAUACGGGUACGGCAUGGGUACGUCUAUAUAUAUAUAUAUAUAUAUAUAUAUAAAUAAAUAUGUAUAUAUAAAUAUUAAAACCAAAGCAUAAAUCUCAUAUAAAAUAAAACACCAUAAUAAUAUCUUAAAUAAAAUAAAACAUCACUAUAACUGAAUAAGAAGUUGAAAUCACAGAUACGUACGUGGUGAAACAAACCAUAGCAAACCAAUACUAUCUAAUACUAUCUACUUUUACGUGAGAAUUGACAAACCAAAAAACAGGAUUUGUAAUCAUACUUAAUGUGUUUCCUUUGACGUGAAUCAAUUGAGAGAAAGAAGAUGAAGUGAAUAACUGAAUAAGAAGUUGUUUAAGUUUAAGAGAUGAUGAUAAACUUUGUAACCCUAAUUGUUUAUAUAAGUACGUGUUUCCUUUUUUCAAUUGUUUUACAAAACUAAAAAACAUCAAAAAAAAGGUAAAUAAUCAAUUUUUUACAAAACUAUACGGACUUUACAUAAGAAACGUUUAGGAAACGUCCCCGGAACCUAACCAAGCCGUCCCCAAAAAUCUCUGCCGUCCCCACCUCUUCUGAAACGUUUUGGAAACGUCCCCACGCCGUCCCCGCGCCGUCCCCGUCCCGGAAACGCAGCUGGUACGGGAGACGUCAAGCAUAUGCCGUCCCGGUGCUUCAUUGGAAAGCACAGCGAGACCGAAGCGGCGGCGCCGGCGAAGAAAGACGACUCAGCCCCGGAGAGACCCAAAAGGACUCUAUUGGGUUGGAAAGACAAGAACGAAGAUGCUGAGGAAUCUAAAGCCAAGGCAGCGUCUGGGUUCAGGAACAAAGAGAAGGUUCUCGUUACUUGCUCCCGAAGGAUCAGUUUCAGGUAUAGGCAUCUGAUGCUGAACAUGGUGUCGCUUCUGCCUCAUUGUAAGAAGGAUAGUAAGGUUGAAGCUAAGAGCAGUAAAGGGGCUACUCUUAAUGAGCUUGUUGAGCUUAAGGGCUCUUCUUCUUGUUUGUUCUUCGAGUGUAGGAAGCAUAAAGAUCUUUACAUGUGGAUGGUCAAGUCUCCUAGUGGUCCCUCUGUUAAGUUCUUGGUUAAUGCUGUUCACACAAUGGAGGAGCUGAAACUCACUGGAAAUCAUUUGAAAGGGUCGCGUCCUCUCUUGACCUUCUCAUCUAAUUUUGACAAAGAUGUACACUGGAAGCUUUUGAAAGAGAUGUUAACGCAGGUGUUUGGAAUCCCUAAGGAACAUAGAAAGUCAAAGCCGUACCAUGACCAUGUGUUUGCUUUCUCAAUUGUGGAUGACCAUAUAUGGUUCCGUAAUUACCAGAUAUCUGUGCCUCAUAACGAGGCUGACAAGGUUGCAAGAGGUGGUCUUGAUAAAAUGACUCUUGUCGAGGUUGGUCCAAGGUUUUGUUUAAAUCCGAUUAAGAUAUUUGGAGGCAGCUUUGGAGGUCCAACCCUUUACGAGAAUCCAUUCUACGUAUCUCCAAACCAGAUCCGAGCAUUGGAGAAAAGGAAUAAGGCUGGGAAGUUUGCAAAGAAAGUAAAGGCGAAAACGAGAAGAAAGAGGCAUGAACUCUCCAACCCAUUGGAGCCUGAUGAAUUUGCAGACAUGUGGAAGGAUGAUGAAUGAUCAAAGUUCAAUCAAGUCAUAAACUUUCACAUUCUUUGUCUCUACUGUUCCUUGUUCUGUUUUCUUCUCUCCCUCUCAUGGAUCAAAAUGUGUACUUCUUUUUCAUGGAAUUAACAAUUUCAACGAGUAAAGAGUUCAUUAUUUGCAAUAUAAAAAUGCCUUUGCUUCUUUA